AUGGCAGCCCCGGCCGUGCCAGCAAGUGUUCCUCCGGCCGCUCCGGCGCCAGCUCCGGCCCCGGCCGUCAACCCCGCGGCGGGCGCGGCCACGACAGCGCCGACUCCAGGCGCCCCGGCGCCCGCUGCGGCUUCGGCGCCCGCGUCCGCCCCGGAUCCCGCCGCGGCCGCAGCGACUCCCGCAGCGCCGGGCCAGACCUCGGCCUCGGCAGCCCCAGCGCAGACCCCGGCGCCCUCGCUGCCGGGUCCCGCCCUCCCGGGGCCCUUCCCUGGCGGCCGCGUGGUCAGGCUGCACCCGGUCAUCUUGGCCUCCAUCGUGGACAGCUACGAGCGGCGCAACGAGGGCGCUGCCCGAGUCAUCGGAACGCUGCUGGGAACUGUGGACAAGCACUCGGUGGAGGUCACCAACUGCUUUUCCGUGCCACACAACGAGUCAGAAGAUGAAGUGGCUGUUGAUAUGGAAUUUGCCAAGAACAUGUAUGAAUUGCACAAAAAAGUCUCUCCAAACGAGCUCAUCCUGGGCUGGUAUGCUACAGGCCAUGACAUCACGGAGCACUCUGUGCUGAUCCAUGAGUACUACAGCCGGGAGGCCCCGAGCCCCAUCCACCUCACCGUGGACACAGGUCUCCAGAACGGCCGCAUGAGCAUCAAGGCCUAUGUCAGCACUUUAAUGGGUGUUCCUGGGAGGACCAUGGGAGUGAUGUUCACACCUCUGACGGUGAAGUAUGCAUAUUACGACACAGAGCGCAUUGGAGUUGACCUCAUCAUGAAGACGUGUUUUAGCCCUAACCGGGUGAUUGGACUCUCGAGUGACUUGCAGCAAGUAGGAGGGGCCUCAGCUCGCAUCCAGGAUGCCCUGAGCACGGUGUUGCAGUACGCCGAGGACGUGCUGUCUGGAAAAGUGUCUGCUGACAACACGGUGGGCCGCUUCUUGAUGAGUCUCGUUAACCAAGUACCCAAAAUAGUUCCUGAUGACUUCGAGACCAUGCUCAACAGCAACAUCAAUGACCUGCUGAUGGUGACCUACCUGGCCAAUCUCACACAGUCACAGAUCGCUCUCAAUGAGAAACUGGUAAACCUGUGAAUGGGCCGCGUGCAGCCUCCUGCCGGUCUCCUCCGUCACUAGGGUUCAGAAUGAAGUGGAGGUGAAGUGGUUUCUCUGUGGUCUUGAGUCACGUGGAAUCAAGUCAGCUGCUGUGACUCCCAAUAAACAGAGCCUGCCUUUUGUAAAUGAA